UUUCGUUCCACACGACAGUAUGGCUGUGUCCUUCCAGCGGUGGCCCCCGUGGAGGAUUCAGAAAGUCUCCCUCAGCACAAUCCUGUUCGUCUCGGUAGCCUUGAGUUCUGCCACCGAUGCGUUUUCCCGAUGCUCCACUAGCAAAAUCAAGAACCGGAUGGUGGCCAACUGCCAAGCCCAAGGCCACAAGGCCAUCCCCAACGUGCACGUGUCCACUCAAGUCCUCUUGUUGAAUUUUAACCUCCUCUCCACCAUCCAGAUGUCUUCCUUCCCACGGAUGAGUGCCUUGAAGAUGCUGUCAUUGGGGAUACAAUCGGGAGGCCCUCUCUAUGUUGGAGAGAGGGCCUUUGCAAAUGUGUCCAACAUCACUUUCCUAGAUUUGGGGGGCAACGGGAACGUGUCACUGCACCCCAACGCAUUCCAGGGUUUGACCCAACUCAAGACAUUACUCUUGGAUGUUAAUGGUUUUGACCACAGAAUCCUGGAGAAGGGCUAUUUCCAAGACCUUUCAUCGCUGGAAGUCUUGGACCUUAAAGGAAACCACCUUGAUCGGUUCAGACCAGAUCCAACCUUCCAAGGACUGAAAAAAUUAAGGGUCCUUCAGCUGAAACUCAACAAAAUUCGGGCAAUUUGUGGGGAUGACCUCCAGUAUCUCAGUGGGCGCCAUCUGACUUUCCUUGACCUGUCCUCCAAUCGAUUGUCAAGCGAUCCUUCUUGCAGCAACAACCCAUUUCGCAACAUCACCCUGGGCACCUUGGACAUCUCUUCCAACCCAUGGAACGUGUUGCGAGUUGAACAGUUCCUCAAAAGCCUGAAUGGCACACAGAUCCAGAACCUCAAGGUGCAACAUUCAGGAGCUAUUGGGAGUGGGUUCGGGUUCAAGAACUUGAAGGACAUUUCAGCUACCACGUUCUCUGGGCUGCGUCACAGCCGUAUCUGGACUUUUGACAUGUCUCAUGGUUUUCUCAAUGUCCUGAACGCCUCUGUCUUCUCAAGCUUACCAGAUCUCAACACCUUGCUCUUGAGAUCCAACCAGAUUAAUAAGAUUCAAAAUGGGGCAUUUUCAGGGUUAAAUAAGCUCCAGGUCCUUGAUUUGUCCGACAAUCUUCUUGGAGAGCUGUACACAGAAGGACUGGAGGAUUUGAAAUCCUCUCCUCUGCAACGUCUCAUUCUGAAGUCCAACCACAUUGGAAUUGUUCAGCAUGAUGCCCUGAUGGGUCUAAAGUCUUUGCAAUUUCUUGACCUGCAAGACAACGCUCUUGGCCGAGUUCCCAAUGGGAAUCUCCCUUCCUUGCUGCAGCUUAAUUUGGGGCAAAACAGGAUCCAGGAUACCUGGGGCAUACAAAAACUUGGCCCAAAUCUGAUCCAUCUUGAUCUCUCUUCCAACCGUCUAACGGACCUGGCAAACGUCUGGCAUCAACUCGCCGAGAUUCCCCACUUGAAGUUCCUGAAUCUCUCCAGCAACCACCUGGCAAGUUGUUCACGAGUUGAGAACUCUCCGAGGCCACUAACACAACUGGACCUUUCUCACAACGAUCUGGGAAACAUUUGGGCCACCCAGAAAUGCACGGACCUCUUCCAGGAUUUGGAGAAACUGCUGGUGCUGAAUCUCAGCUCCAAUCACCUGCGCGACUUGCCUGGAAAUCUUUUCCACGGUUUGGCGUCUUUAGAAAUCCUGGAUCUCGGGGCCAACAUGUUGUACAAACUUCCAGAUCAGAUUUUCUCUAGUUUGAAAUCCCUGCAUGCUCUCAGCGUCCGUGGAAAUCCGUUGCUGACGCUCUCACCUUCCUCGUUUCAACCAGCGAGGCAGUUGCGAUUCCUGGAUUUGAGGGAAUUGUCUCUAGUUUGCAGUUGUGACCUCAAAGGUUUCCAGAACUGGCUACAGAACCAAAACGCGAUGGUCAGGGCAUUUGAGCUUCUUCUGACUUGCGUUCAGACCAGCUUUGAUUUCCAGAGGCAGCCCCUGCCUCAGUUCCUGCGCAACAACUGUGUCUCUUAGCCAAUGGACACAUUUUCCCUCUGUGUGCACCUAGUUUUGGAGGAAAGGAAGCUGGAACAAAAUGUCUACGAUGCCCC